AUGUACACCAGUUUGAUGAUGAUCCCCACUUCGCGUGGUAUACCCGGUGUCACUAAGUGCUACAUGAGACAAGACAAUAAGGUUCAAUACGGCAAUGAUGUGGGCACAUUCGCUCGUAGCAGGGAGUGGGUUUUGGAUACUGAUGGAUGCAAUUUAGAGCAGGUGUUGACCAUGGAGGCAGUAGACAGUACCCGUACCUCCUCCAAUGACAUCGUGGAGAUCCUCAAUGUGUUGGGUAUCAAAGCCUGUAGGAAGGCUUUACUCAAUGAGUUGCGACAAGUGAUCAGUUUCGAUGGCUCUUACGUUAACUAUCGCCAUAUGUCGGUACUGUGGGACACGAUGUGCCAGAAGGGACAUCUUCGCCCCACUUCGCGUG